UCUCUAUCUUAAUUAAUAUAUUCUCUCUCUACUCACCGGAAAUAAAAUCAAAAUGAUCACCGGCAAAGACAUGUACGACGUAUUAGCGGCGAUGGUGCCGCUAUACGUAGCUAUGAUGCUAGCCUACGGUUCAGUACGGUGGUGGGGAAUAUUUACACCGAGCCAAUGCUCCGGUAUAAACCGGUUCGUUGCGGUUUUCGCGGUUCCACUUCUCUCUUUUCAUUUCAUCUCCUCUAAUGAUCCGUAUGCCAUGAACUACCAUUUUCUUGCCGCUGAUUCUCUUCAGAAAAUCGUCAUCCUCUCCGCACUCUUUCUUUGGCAGGCGUUUAGUCGCAGAGGAAGUCUAGAAUGGAUGAUAACGCUCUUUUCCCUAUCGACACUACCAAACACGUUGGUAAUGGGAAUCCCUUUGCUCCGGGCGAUGUACGGGGACUUCUCCGGUAACCUAAUGGUGCAGGUCGUGGUGCUUCAGAGUAUCAUAUGGUAUACAUUAAUGCUCUUCUUGUUUGAGUUCCGUGGUGCUAAGCUUCUCAUCUCAGAUCAGUUCCCGGAAACGGCCGGUUCCAUCACUUCUUUCCGAGUUGACUCUGAUGUUGUCUCUCUCAAUGGCCGUGAACCUCUCCAGACUGAUGCGGAGAUAGGUGACGACGGGAAGCUCCACGUGGUUGUCCGAAGAUCAAGCGCGGCCUCAUCUAUGAUCUCAUCGUUCAAUAAAUCUCACGUUGGAGGAGUUAACUCCUCCAUGAUAACGCCGCGAGCUUCAAAUCUCACCGGUGUGGAGAUUUACUCCGUUCAAUCUUCUCGAGGGCCGACGCCGAGAGCUUCGAGCUUUAACCAGACAGAUUUUUACGCUAUGUUUAACGCAAGCAAAGCUCCGAGCCCUCGUCACGGCUACACCAAUAGCUACGGCGGCGCUGGAUCAGGUCCGGGUGGAGAUGUUUACUCCCUUCAGUCGUCUAAAGGAGUGACGCCAAGAACGUCGAAUUUUGAUGAGGAAGUUUUGAAGACCAAGAAAGGAGCAAGAGGAGGGAAAAGCAUUAGUGGUGAAUUAUAUAACAACAAUAAUGUUCCAUCGUACCCACCACCGAACCCGAUGUUCACGGGGUCAACGAGCGGAGCAAGUGGAGUAAAGAAAAAGGAAAGUUGUGGCGGAGCAGGAGGAGGACAGAACAAGGAAAUGAACAUGUUCGUGUGGAGUUCGAGUGCUUCUCCGGUGUCCGAAGCCAACGCCAGGAACGCUAUGACCAGAGGUGCCUCCACCGAUUUAUCCACCGACCCAAAAGCUUCCCUUCCUCCUCAAGACAACCUAGCUUACAAAGCGAUGCAUAGUCUGAUAGAGAACAUGACACCGGGAAGAAAAGGGCAAGUGGAGACGGACCAAGACGGUAAUAACGAGGGAAAGUCGGGGGUAAAUUCGUCACCUUAUAAUGGGAAGAAAGGUAGUGACGUGGAAGACGGUGGUCCCGGCGGUCCAAGGAAACAGCAGAUGCCGCCGGCGAGCGUGAUGACGAGAUUAAUACUGAUAAUGGUUUGGAGAAAACUCAUUCGAAACCCUAACACUUACUCUAGUCUCUUUGGCCUUGCUUGGUCCCUUGUCUCCUACAAAUGGAAUAUAAAGAUGCCGACCAUAGUGAGUGGAUCGAUUGCGAUACUAUCUGAUGCUGGUCUUGGCAUGGCUAUGUUUAGUCUUGGUCUAUUUAUGGCAUUGCAACCAAAGAUAAUAGCAUGCGGAAAAUCAGUGGCAGUCUUCGCGAUGGCCGUAAGGUUCUUGACCGGACCAGCCGUGAUCGCAGCAACCUCAAUUGCAAUUGGUCUUCGAGGCAAUCUCCUCCAUAUCGCUAUCGUUCAGGCUGCUCUUCCUCAAGGAAUUGUUCCUUUUGUUUUCGCCAAGGAAUAUAACGUCCAUCCUGAUAUUCUCAGCACUGCGGUUAUAUUCGGAAUGCUGGUUGCUUUGCCUGUAACGGUGCUAUACUACGUUCUUUUGGGGAUUUAAGUUAUAAUCAAGACGUAAUGGCAAAUUAAAGACGAUACAUGCACCCAAGCUGAUUUUAAAAAAAAAUUACUAAGCAAAGAAGGGGACUAAUUCCAGUUCAUGCUUAGGUGGAUGGACAAUGCAAUGUCGUAUUAAUUAAUUUAUAGCAGAUGAUAUAAUAGAUAUUUUAGUUAGUUUUGUUAUAAUUUUUACGCACAUGCAUGUACGUGACUCUUUGUAAUUUUUGUUACAUUUAUUAAAAUUUUGGGAUGUGCGUACGAUGUAUACUUUUUAUUUUAUUG